AUGAUCGUCCCUACUACGAAAACAAAAACAAAGAGACCUAUUCCCGCUUUGUUCAGUCAGUGUAUGCAGUUUUAUUCUCGCGAGAUUUGCAUCAACCUCAAGUGUUAUUCUUCUCUUUGCGGUCCUACCAAUAUCAAGGUAUGGAUUAAUGCUGCAGCAGAGCGAGGAGUUGAGAACUUCGACCUUUCUCUGCCUGACGAACGGGGCUUAGAAUGGAUGUCUGGUCGUAAGAUGAGCUUGCCAUCUGCCAUUCUCAGCAGCAGAACCCUCGUGGUUCUCAAGUUGAUGGGACUAACAGUGAAAGCUGAUUUGCCUGUUCAUCUUCCCUCACUUAAAAUCCUGCAUUUGUACCGCAUUCUUUUCAAAAAAAGUAGAGAUCUCGCCAAGUUUCUUUCUGGAUGUCCAGUUCUUGAGUAUUUGAAAGAAUAUCAGUUGGAUUUUUAUGACUCUCUAUGUGUGGGAGAGUUUAAAUGCUUACCCAAGUUGGUCAGAGCAUAUAUUCAUAGACUUCAUGUUCCGUUAGAAUCAGUUAGUAAUGUAGAGUUUCUGAGAAUAGAAGGGAUGUCUGAGCUGGACAAUAUGAACCCCAGUUUCAAUUUCAAAGACCUUAUUCCCAUGUUUCCGAAUUUAACCCAUAUUGAACUCGUCUAUUUUUUUUAUAUAAGUGAUUGGCUUGAGGUAGUAGAAAUGCUCAACCGUUGCCCAAAGCUUCAAAUUUUGGUCAUUAAUCUGGGUGUUAGAGAUGUAUUCAAAGAAUACGAAGAAGAUUGGCAGUACCCACAAUUUGUUCCUGAAUCCAUCUCAUUACACCUUAAAACAUGCCGUCUUUAUCAUUAUCAAGGCUCCGAGGCUGAUGCGAAUGGAGGAAAAGCAGUGAAAGCUGAAGAUAAGUCUAUUACUAAUUUUCAAUAA